CCCUAAAUCUAAACCCGCGCACUCAGCGGCGAAUCCCGCUGUGCCGCCGCCCUCCGCGUUCCUGAGUGCCAACUCCGCCGCCGGCUGCCGCUCGCCGCCCGCUCGUCGCUCUGCCGCUUCUGAGAGAAACUGCAGUCGAUUUCGGAGGAAGAAGAAUACCAGGUCUGUUUCCACCGACGCUCGCCGCUCGUCAGUGAAGUUUUACUAGCUUGAGAAAGAUCAAGGGAGAAUGAGGUUCGAUGCAAAUAACCCUGGUCAACCUCGGAAUGCAGCUGUUGAAUUGGGCAUACCACUAGAAUUUCCUGAAAGUUGGAAUCAAGUGGGAGAUGGAAGCAAUGCGAUCAUUUUACCAGGGAAGAGAAAGGACAAGUCAAAGAUUAAGAAGCAUACAAAGAAGGAACCUUCAACUUUGAGCAAAUCAAAACAAAGGAAGCUAAAACAAUUGGAGGAGGAGAAACAACAAAAGAUCUUGCAAGAAAAAAGUAUUAAGAUUCUCGAGAAGCAUAAGAUAUCAGAUAGUGCAUAUUCUCUUCUUCAAUCUUCAGGAACUAUUGGUCGAGCUGAGACUUUCAAGGAAAGACGCCUUCGUGCUGUGCAACUCAUGAAAGUUGGUCUAGAGGUGCCUGAGGACGUUUUUGCAUUGAAUAGAAAGGGCAAUCAAACUGACUCUCAUAAGACUGAAACCUCUUUAGAAGAUGGUUCUGUUCAGGAUCUACUAGAUCUUGCUUGUGUUGAUAGCCUCAUUCCUCCAACAAAUUGUGGGGAAGAAAUUGACAAGACUAGUAAAAUGACUCUUGUUGUGGAUUCACUCUCCACAGAAGUUGGUGAAAAGAAUGCAAGUUCUUGCAUGAUAGUUGAUCAGGAUCAUUCUUCUACAAUCUCAUGCAGCCGCGAGGGACAUGACAAGAUUACAGAGGACAAUAUUACAGAUGGUUCAGUAGAAAAGUGUCAAGAAAUAAAAAGCAUUACUGAUUUAACUUGCCAGAAACAUGCUAAUCCUUCCACUGUGGUUCAUGUAUCAAGGCCAGAGGUAGUUGAAGAACAAAGGAAAGAUCUCCCUAUAAUCAUGAUGGAACAAGAAAUAAUGGAAGCUAUUAAUGAAAACUUUGUCGUAAUUUUAUGUGGAGAAACAGGUUGUGGCAAAACUACACAGGUUCCCCAGUUCCUAUAUGAAGCUGGCUAUGGUUCAAGUAUUCGAAGCAAUAGAAAUGGACUAAUUGGGGUGACUCAACCACGACGUGUUGCAGUUCUUGCUACUGCCAAGCGUGUUUCAUUUGAAUUAGGACUCUCGCUUGGAAAAGAGAUUGGUUUUCAAGUUAGGCAUGACAAGAUGAUCGGAAAAAGCUGCUCCAUUAAAUUCAUGACGGAUGGAAUUCUUCUUCGAGAAAUUCAGAGUGAUUUCUUGUUAAAGCGAUACUCUGUAAUCAUCCUUGAUGAGGCUCAUGAGAGGAGCUUGAAUACUGAUAUACUCAUUGGCAUGCUUUCUCGAAUCAUAAAGCUUCGCCAGAAAUUAUAUGCUGAUCAGCAAAAUAAGAUACUGUCUGGAGCAAUAAUUCGACCUGAAAACAUGGUCACUGAGUUGAGGCUUGUGCUAAUGAGUGCUACUUUACAAGUUGAGGACUUCAUUUCAAACAGAAAAUUGUUUGAUCAGAGCCCACCUAUUAUACAGGUUCCUGUUAGACAAUUUCCAGUAACGAUUCACUUUUCCAAAAGAACUUCUGAAGAUUACUUAGGACAAGCUUAUAAGAAGGUUAUUGCCAUCCAUAAGAAGCUUCCGCCAGGUGGAAUACUUGUGUUUGUCACUGGACAGAGGGAAGUUGAGUUUGUGUGCAAGAAAUUACGUAAAGCUUCACAACAACUUACUAGGAGUUCAAAACAGGUAGGCAACGAAUCGGCCGAAAACUCAGAAGAAAAUAUGAAGGAAAUUGAUGAGGCAUUUGAGGUUGAAAAUGAUUUGACUGAGCAAAAUGAUAGAGUUAGUUCUUAUGAAGACGAAGCUGAUUUUGUUUAUUCUGAAGCAACUGACUCAGAGACCGAGAGUGAUCUUGAAUAUGAAAGAGAAGAUGAAGGCAUUGCCAAGUUAGCAGAACCAAAGAACAGUGGGUCUGUGUUAGGUUUUCUAGAAAAAGUUGGGAAUCUGUCUUCAUUGAAAUCUUCUUUUGAUGCUUUACCAGGGAAUUCAUGUGAACCUAAUUAUGGUGCCGAAUCUUGUCCACCUACUUUUGACUUGGGAAAACAUGUAGAAUCUGUUCCUCUCCCUGUCAGCCCAUUGUAUGUUCUGCCUCUCUAUGCAAUGCUCCCUGCUUCUUCACAGCUUCGAGUGUUUGAAGAUGUGCCUCAGGGUGAAAGACUGGUAGUUGUAGCUACUAAUGUGGCCGAGACUUCUUUAACCAUCCCUGGCAUAAAAUAUGUGAUCGAUACAGGGAAAGAAAAAAUCAAGAAUUACAAUCACUCCAAUGGGAUGGCCACGUAUGAAGUUAGUUGGAUAAGCAAAGCAUCAGCUGCUCAGCGUGCGGGAAGAUCAGGGAGAACUGCACCAGGACAUUGUUACCGCCUGUAUUCAUCUGCAGCUUUCAGUAAAGAUGAGAUUUUCCCUAAAUUUUCAUGCCCUGAGAUUUCCAAAGUUCCAGUCGAUGGAGUUACCCUUCUGAUGAAGUCAUUGGGUAUUGAUAAGGUUGCAAAUUUCCCAUUUCCAACUUGCCCCGACCAUGAAGCUUUGUUGGAAGCUGAACGCUGCUUAAGAGCUCUUGAAGCCCUUGAUAUGCAGGGUAGACUUACACCGAUGGGUAGAGCAAUGAUACAAUAUCCCAUUAGUCCUCGUCAUUCUCGAAUGCUUCUAAUAGUUAUCAAAAUCUUGCGGAAUCAGAGAGCAUAUGACAGGGCUAACCUUGUAUUGGGAUAUGCCGUCGCUGCUGCUGCAGCAUUAAGCUUUCCAAAUCCCUUAGUCACACAAUUCACCGAGAAGCAAUCAACCAAUGGGGAUACUGAUGCCGAGAAAGAUAAAGAGGAGAAAUUGAGGAAAAAGAAGUUCAAAAAAAUGGCAAGAGAAGCACGCGCAAGACUUUCAAAUCUCAGUAGUGAUGCUUUAACUAUUGCAUAUGCUUUGCAGUUAUUCGAGAUCUCUGAAAGCCCGGUUAUAUUCUGCAGAGAUAAUUUACUGCAUAUGAAAACAAUGGAAGAGAUGUCUAAAUUAAGGAAACAGCUUCUAGAACUUCUAUUUCACCAGAGCAAGUUUUGCGAGGAAUUUUCGUGGAAUCAUGGUUCUCUUGAAGAUGUAGAACGCUCUUGGAGGACGCACUCGCACAAGAACCCCUUGCAAAUGAUGGAAGAAGAGCUCAUAUCACAAUCAAUCUCCGCUGGUUGGGCUGAUAGAGUUGCAAAGCGCAUUCGUGCAAUCAAACAAUCUUCAGAGAGUGAUACGAUGAUCCGUGCUAUCAAAUAUCAAUCUUGCAACAUGAAGGAUGUUGUAUAUUUGAACCGGUGGUCUUCUGUUGCUCCAGCUGCACCGGAAUUUCUGGUUUAUACUGAGCUUCUUCAGAUGAAAAGACCAUAUCUAUAUGGAGUGACCACCGUCAAGUCAGAUUGGCUUGUAAAAUAUGCCAGUUCUCUUUGCACUUUCUCAGCUCCUCUUACUGAUCCAAAACCUUACUAUGAACCUCUAAGUGACCAGGUCUUGUGCUGGGUGACUCCUACUUUUGGCGCACAUAAUUGGGAGCUUCCAUUGCACAGCAUACCCAUUAAGAAUAUUACCCUUCGGCUGUCAGUAUUUGCUUCGGCAUUGCUGGAAGGGAAUGUUCUGCCAUGUCUAAGAUCAGUUCAGAAGUACUUGGCCUCUCCAGCAUCGAGCAUGCUGAGGCCUGAAGCUCUCGGCCAAAGACGCGUCGGGGAUCUUCUGAAUCGACUCAAAAUUGGUUCAAAAGUAAUUGAUACACGGGCCAAGUUGCAAGAUGCCUGGAGUGAGAAUCCUCAUUUCUUGUACUCCGAGAUUAAGCAGUGGUACCAAGAGGUGUUUCAUGAUCAGUUUGGCCGACUUUGGGAACGAAUGCAUAUCGAGGUUAAUCUCGAGGGAUAUGAACUGUUCCCUAAAAGAGCGAAGAAAGACAAGAAAAGGAAAUAGUAACCACGAGAAAGUCACAAAUGUUUUGCCAUUCAGAUCAUGAAGGUGGAGUUUUUGGUUUUCACAAAUUCUCUAAAAGGAGAUCGGCUAUUGGUUAACAGUUUGGUUUUAUAAUUAUUUGAUGUAUUGGUCAAUGAGGAUAUGGGCGAGAUCAAUGCAUGAAUUGGAUUAUGCCACUGAUUACAAACAGUUGAAAUAGAAGGGUCUGUUGUUGAUGGUUUA